AAACGAUCUAACAAUCAGUUUCAUAAUGGCGGCUCCCUUGACACGGAUCAGUGGGAAGUUCUGUAGACAUCUCUCCCGACCAUGGAGCAUAUUCCAGCUGGGGAUUCGAAACCAGUCUUCACUGUCUGCUGUUGAGCUAUCUGCUGAAAAUGAGGCUAAGCCUGGGGUCAUGUGUCCUCCACUGCAGACCUACUCUGAGGAAGAGAGUAUGAUGAAAGAAGCAGUGAAGAAGUUUGCCCAAGAACAGAUUUUACCAUUUGUGUCUGAAAUGGAUGAGAACUCCAAAAUGGAUGAGAAGGUCAUCAGAAGUCUCUUUGAGCAAGGGUUAAUGGGUAUUGAAAUUGACCCACAAUAUGGUGGCACUGGAUCCAGCUUUUUCGCGUCCAUUUUGGUGAUUGAAGAACUAGCAAAAGUGGACCCAUCUGUUGCUGUUCUCUGUGACAUUCAGAACACACUCAUCAACACAUUGCUGUCCAAACUGGGAAAUGAAGUUCAAAAAGAGAAAUACCUCACUCGCCUCGCCACAGAUAUGGUGGGUAGCUUCUGUUUAUCAGAGGCAGAAUCUGGAAGUGAUGCUUUCUCCCUCAAGACUCGUGCAGAAAAGUGCAAGGAUUAUUACAUUAUUAAUGGAUCAAAGAUGUGGAUCAGUAAUGCAGAGCAUGCUGGGGUGUUCCUGGUGAUGGCCAAUGUAGAUCCCUCUGCUGGUUAUAAGGGCAUUACUUGUUUCAUAGUGGACCGGGAAACAGAAGGACUUCAUAUUGGCAAGAAGGAGAACAAGCUUGGUCUGCGUGCCUCCUCCACAUGCCCACUUAACUUUGAUAAUGUCAAGGUCCCUGAGAAGAAUAUUUUGGGACACAUUGGCCAUGGUUAUAAAUAUGCAAUUGGAAUGCUCAAUGAAGGAAGGAUUGGCAUUGCCGCUCAGAUGCUGGGUUUGGCUCAAGGCUGUUUUGAUCAAGCUGUGCCUUACACGAGACAGAGGGUACAGUUCCGAAAACGUGUAUUUGACUUCCAGGGCAUGCAACAUCAGAUUGCUCAUGUGGCCACCCAGCUUGAGGCUGCCAGGCUGCUGACGUAUAAUGCUGCCCGACUGAAGGAAGCUCAGAGGCCAUUUAUCAAAGAAGCCUGUAUGGCUAAGUACUUCACAGCUGAGGUUGCAACUCUGACUACAUCAAAAAGCAUCGAAUGGAUGGGGGGGGUAGGCUUCACCAAAGACUACCCUGUUGAGAAAUUCUACCGGGACUGUAAGAUAGGUACUAUCUAUGAGGGAACAACUAACAUCCAGCUCACUACCAUGGCCAAAUUCAUUGAUCAGGAUUAUGACCAGUGAGACGCCUCUACAUGUGUCUUCAGAACAAAGCACUCCAAACUUUGGCAUAUCAUCUGAACCUGAAUGUUUUCGGGAUUUAUUGUGUGGUUGCUGCUGUGUCUUCUGUUGUUUUAUGCUAAUAAUAUCAUUACUGGGAUAAGUGGAUAGGUUUGUCUUCAAACACAGUAAACACUAGUGUCAAUUAUGUGCACUAAUACUGUUACUAGUGUUGUACGUUUUCUACUAAGGAUUUGCAGUUUGCUAAUUAGUGUAAGGAGUCUUAUUAGAUUCUGUGGUGUCAGUUUUGUUUCCUCAAAUUAAAAAUAAAAAAAUGUUUUGAGUUGGUAUUGUGCUAUGCUUAAAGUGUAACUCUGGCGAGAAUUGACCGUAGGCUCUUUUUCUGCAUGAAAACACAUCAAAUAAGCUGUGGAGACCAGUGUUUUUCAUUGAGCAAGCACUACAGAGCUUGCACCGGUGUACGUUAUAGCCCCAAAUCGCACCAGCAACAUACAUAGCGAACCCAGAGUUUAUUACAGAAGACUGUUAAGAACAUAUUAUAGCCCCAAAUAGCACCAAGUGCGUUCAUAGCAAACCUAGAGUUUAUUACAGAAGACUGUUAAGAACACUUACCAACUCUCCCUUUACAAACUCCUCUCGAAGGAAAAUCCAUAUAAGGUGAUUAUGUGAUGUGAGAUCUCAACUUUCUGUCGUAUACUGUAAGUCCAGUUGUUAAGUGUUCUUAACAGUCUUCUGUAAUAAACUCCGGGUUCGCUAUGUGCAUUAUUGGUGCUUCGUUUUAUGUGUAGAGACCCUGAGCAAGCUACUGACGAGGUUAGGUGCUGGUUUGAACAAUGUUGCUGGUUUAAAAAAAAUGCUAUGUGGGAAGCGUUUAGUUCACCGCCCUUAGCAGUUAUAACGUACAAUGGUGCAAGCUCCUCUGUAUGCUUGAUCAGCGAAUACUGUCUCUACGGCUUAUUUGAUGUUUUAAUGCAGAAAAAGACCCUGGGUUCAAUUUUCGCCAGAGUUACACUUUAAGAGACUUGAGAAAAUGUCCCACCAACGUAAUAAUUGUUGCCUACUGUCAACGUAAUUACCCAAUUUCCCACCAACACAAUAAUUGUUACAUUUACAGGAAGUUAUUAUCUUCCUACCACUGUAAUAUUCAUUACCUUUACUAGGAGUCAUACAAAACUAUGUUCCUCCCCAUCUUUUGCGCCAGUAAAUCUGUAUGCCUUGACCAUGACAGUUUACAGUCUAAGUUUACCCCCAGGAGCUUUAUUUCUUGUAAUUGCUCAACCGCAACAUUGUUCAGUACUAAAUUUAGUUGGGGCUUAGAGCUUAAUGAGUGUUUUGUUCCAAAUACAAUACUCUUGGUUUUUGA